AUGAGCGAUCUCCAAAGGAAGUGGGCCAAGGCAAGAAUGAGCGCCAUGGCUAACGAGAGCUUCAACGAGCUCGACGAGGUUGAGGAGAACGGCACGCUCCCAGAGCUGCCUGAGUUUACAGACGAUGACUCUUCAUCGGCGUCGUCGGCGUCAUCUACAGGGACCGUCGUUCCUUCACCCAGUCGUAACCUGUUUGCGAGACCGCAGGGAGCGCCAAGGGGCCGGACAUUAGAGCCCAUACCCUGGACGACAUACUUUGAAAGAGAAUUGUUUCUCAAGCCAGAGGACAAACCCGGCACCACCUACCACGCAUACCUGACCUCCCCGGUCGACAAGGGCCCCCUGUUCGUCAUGCACCACGGCGCCGGGUCCUCGGGCCUCACCUUCGCCGUCCUGAGCACCGAGCUCCGCAAGCGCCUGCCCUCCGCCGGCAUCCUCUCCCCCGACGCCCGCGGCCACGGCUCCACCACCACCCCGGACGACAGCCACCCCGGCGGGACCUCCUCCUCCUCCUCCCCGGACCUCAGCCUCGCCACCCUCUCCGCCGACCUCCUCGCCGUCAUCAGGCUCACCCAGGCCGAGAUGCGCUGGCCCAAGCUGCCCCCCAUCAUCCUCGUGGGCCACUCCCUCGGCGGCGCCGUCGUCACCGACCUCGCCAGCUCGGGCCUGUUGGGCGGCGCCCUGCUCGGCUACGCCGUGCUCGACGUUGUCGAGGGCUCGGCCAUCGACGCCCUGCAGAGCAUGCACACCUACCUGUCCACCCGCCCCGCCGGGUUCGCCACCCUCCAGGCCGGCAUCGACUGGCACGUGCGCUCGCGCACCAUCCGCAACUCGCUGUCAGCGCGCACCAGCGUGCCGGGCCUGCUGGUGGAUGCCGCGGCGGCGGCGGCGGAGGUCGCGCAGGACGGCGGCGGGACGAUGGAUGGGACUACCACUACCACUACCACCACCACCAGCAGUACUGCUGCCGGCGGAGCAGCGGCCGUCGCCGCGAACCGCAGGUGGAAGUGGCGGACGGACCUCGCGGCCACGCAGCCCUUCUGGGAGGGCUGGUUCGUCGGCCUGAGCAAGAAGUUUCUCGGGGCCCGGGGCGGGAAGCUGCUGCUGCUCGCGGGGACGGACAGGCUCGACACAGAGCUGACGAUCGGGCAGAUGCAAGGCAAAUAUGCGCUGCAGGUCUUCCCUGAGGCGGGCCACUUCAUCCACGAGGACCUGCCGGAGAAGACGGCCAUGACGCUCGUCGACUUCUACCGCCGCAACGACCGCAGCGCGUUGGUCCUGCCCCCCAAGGUGUCGGAGAUGCUGGCGCAGGGCAAGAAGAUCUGA